AUGAGUAACGUUAGGGAGGCUGAAGAGCUCAGAGAGCAAGCAAUCAAAGAAUGGAAAAACAGUUCCAAACCUGACUCAGAAGAAGGGUGGAUUUCCAGGGCCAAAGAGAUUGCAAAAAUCUUGAAAGUUGAUGCCGUUGAAAGGGAUCGCAAAGGGCAGACACCUUUUUUGGAAAUUGAAUUGCUCAAAGUAGCUGGUUUUAUUAAUUUGUUGGGACCAAAAGAAUACGGUGGCUCUGGAGAGAAAUGGGAGCUUACAUAUAGAAUUGUCAUGGAGAUAUCAAAAGCUGAUAGCAGCAUUGGUCAUUUACUAGGCAACCAUUACUCAUGGUUUUGGUCACCUUUUUAUUUCGGAACUGAAGAACAAAGAAGGAAAUGGAUUAGAAUAUUCACUCAGGAGAACGCUUAUAUUGGUGGAGCUGUUAAUCCAAGGAACCGAGACAUGAUUGCCACACCAGAAAACGAUGAAAUUGUGUUGAAUGGAAGAAAGUUCUUUAGCACAGGGUCUGUUGUAGCUGACUAUAUGAUUUUGGAAGGUGUUUUGCCAGACGGGGGUCAUGUGUUUGCUUUUGUUUCUAGUUCACAUCCUGGUUUGAAAUUUUUGCACGAUUGGAAUGCAAUUGGGCAACGUUUGACUGAGUCAGGUGGAGUUGUAAUCGAAAAUGUGAGAGUAAAAUGGGAUGACGCUUUAGGUUACUCUUCUGGUGGUAUUAAAGUUGUCGAUGAUCCUUAUUCUUCAUUUAUAUUACCUCCAGUUCAGCUUCAGUUUGCUGCCGUCCAUACCGGAGUAGGAUAUGGUGCUCUUGAUCAAGCAGCAGACUAUACAAGAAACCAUACAAGACCCUGGCCCUAUGGCGGUGACAACAAAGAAAAAGCAACAGACGAAUGGUACAUUAGAGAAACUUAUGGAAAUUUAGCAUCCAAGCUAUUUGCUGCCGAGGCUUUGAUUUAUAAAACUGCGAAGUCUGUUUCUUAUGCAUUACAUGAUGAUAGAACACAUUUGAAUGAACAAAUUAGAGGUGAAAUUGCAGUUAAGGUUGCCGCUAGUAAGGUCGUUGCAGCGGAAGUUGCGUUGGAGGUGACUUCAAAGAUUUUUGAAAUUACUGGUGCAAGAUCGGCUUUGACAACAUUUGCUUUAGAUAGGUUUUGGAGAAACGUUAGAGUUCAUUCUCUUCACGAUCCAUUGGCGUAUAAAAAACGCGAAGUUGGUUCAUUUUUUUUGCUUCAUGAAAUUCCAACCCCUUCUUGGUAUACCUAG